CCAUUUUCCCAUUGAAUCGGCGACAAGAGCCCACCGAACCAUUGUCUAGCCACCGCUGUUUUCUCCACCAAAAACCUCCAAACGCCGACGAACCACUGCUCAGCCACCGCUCUCACCACCCUGUUCCUCCACCGCUCUCGAAACGCUCGAAGAACAUCUCGGUGUUGAUUAAUUUGAGCUGAGGUUACAGACGUCCAUCUGUUUGCUUUCGAAAAAACAAAAACCCAAAAAGAAAAGAAAAGAGAAAAAUACGUGCGAUUAGAGAGAAAGACUGUUCGUAGUCAUUAUCGUUCCUCUUUAAAUUAAAGAUCCCAAUCCCUUCUUUUCAUCAUUUGAUUAUUUUCUUCUUCGUCCUUUCUCAAUCCCCUUGUUUUUCUUUUACUGCUACUGCUAUUAUAUUUGUUAUUGCUGUGCGUUGGUGUUCCCCAAAUAUCACUUUCCUCUAGCUCUUACAUUCAGACAUUAAGGAAGAUUUUGUUGUUUUUAAGAGUUUUUUUUUUUUUUGUAUGGUGGUUGGAGGAGGAGGAGGUGGUCGUCCGUUGUUGAUUGAAUGGGGAAAGGGGGUUGUAGAUUGAAUAGGGAAAAUGGGUUUGGAUACUGUGUUUAGGGUUUAGGGUUAUUCUCGUAAAGAAAACAAACGCAUUACGUUAAAUCAAAGCAAACCAAACAUACCCUAACGGCCAUGUUAGCGGUUGAAAUGAAGGAAGCGGCGGCGAAGCCCGUUAAGGCCGGUGGUCGCCUGUGCUGCAUCUGUAACAAGAGAAGGGCCGCCCUCAAAAGACCCAAAACCCUCGAGCAGAUUUGCAGGGAGUGUUUCUAUGAGGUCUUUGAGGAAGAGAUCCAUCAGGUAAUUGUGGAGAACCAGUUAUUCAAGCCUGGUGAACGCAUCGCUAUUGGUGCCUCUGGUGGAAAAGACUCCACAGUCCUUGCUUGUGUAUUAUCAGAAUUGAACCGGCGGCACAAUUAUGGCCUGGAUCUCUUCCUCUUGUCAGUUGAUGAAGGCAUUACAGGAUACAGGGAUGACUCUCUUGAAACCGUCAAACGAAAUGAAAUUCAGUAUGGACUACCGCUAAAAAUUGUCUCAUACAAGGAUUUAUAUGGAUGGACAAUGGACGAAAUAGUGAAGACGAUAGGUUUGAAGAAUAAUUGCACAUUUUGUGGUGUUUUCCGUCGCCAGGCCCUUGAUCGAGGUGCUGCAUUGUUGAAAGUCGACAAGCUUGCUACUGGGCAUAAUGCGGAUGAUAUUGCUGAAACAGUUCUUUUAAACAUCUUACGAGGUGAUAUUGCUAGAUUGAGUAGAUGCACUUCAAUAAUUACUGGUGAAGAUGGACCAAUUCCAAGAUGCAAACCUUUUAAGUACACAUAUGAGAAGGAGAUUGUUAUGUAUGCAUACUUCAAGCGGCUGGACUACUUCUCCACCGAAUGCAUUUACUCUCCAAAUGCAUAUCGGGGUUUUGCUCGUGAGUUCAUAAAGGAUUUGGAAAGGAUCAGACCUAGGGCCAUACUUGACAUCAUCCAAUCAGGAGAGAAUUUCAGGAUUUCCACGUCUACAAAAAUGCCAGAGCAAGGGACUUGUGAACGCUGUGGCUACAUUUCAAGCCAGAAAUGGUGUAAAGCUUGUGUUUUGCUUGAGGGACUGAAUCGGGGCUUGCCAAAGCUGGGCAUUGGCAGGAGUCGAGGCCUUAAUAAUGAUCGUAAGAAGGGAACAAAAGAAAGUAAUGCAAAAAAGAGUAUCGAGAGCAAGCAAUGUGGAACUUUGGACUUCUGAUGUAGCACCUGUGCGUCACUUGAGCUUUUGUGAACUCCAGGGACCGAGUCUCAAUGCACAUCGUAACGAUGAAGUUAUGGAAGGUGAUUGCCUCCCCCAUCCCUCUUGGAAGGGUAUUGAAUAGCAUGGAGAAACUUGCCUCAGCUAUAUUGACGGCGGAAGUAGUUAUUUGCCCCGUCUUCUCUUUCAGUACAAACCAAUUUGUUUUUAGGGGAUCAAUGGUGGAGGGUGAUGUCUAGUUUUGUUGAUGGUUA